AUGACAACUGUGAUUGAGAAUAAUGUUAUUCAUCUAAACAAUAACGGGCAACGACAUUACAAACAAGUUAAUGAGAUUAAACAGUAUUUGGAUGCUCGAUACGUGUCUGCGAUUGGAGCGUGUUGGAGGAUAUUUGAGUUUGAAAUUCAAAAACAAACUCCUUCUAUUGAGCAUUUACAAUAUCAUCUUCUAGGUCAAAAAUUUGUUAUAUUUAAUGACAAUGAUCAUCUACACGAAGUUAUUGACCAACAACGUGUUCAUGACACAAUGUUGACCAAAUGUUUGUUCUCAAGCAUCUUUUUAAUGGGAGGGGCUUUGAAUUUGUCAUGCAGGGGUUUGCUAGCAAGUAAAAUGUAUGAGACUGCAAAAGGAAUUGUGACAAAUCUCGUUUCCCUUAUAGAUGAAUUUGGGCAUGUUCUUAAUGGUGCGAGGGCAUAUUACACUAACAGGAGCGAACCUCCACUCCUGAGUGCGAUGGUGUAUGAUAUAUACACUAGGACCGGCGAUGUAGACUUUGCUAGAAAGUCUCUCCCUGCCUUGCUAAAAGAACACAAAUUUUGGAAUUCAGAAAUACAUAGUGUGAUAAUUCAUGAUGCUGAAGGAUGCAAUCGCACUUUAAGUCGAUACUAUGCAAUGUGGAACAAACCAAGGCCAGAAUCUUCAACUAUUGACAUUGAAACUGCUUCCAAGCUCAUGAAUGAUUCCGCAAAACAACAUCUGUAUAGGGAACUGGCUUCAACCGCUGAAAGUGGGUGGGAUUUCAGUACAAGAUGGAUGAGGAAUGGAUCUGAUCUCACAACAUUGGUUACAUCAUCAAUUAUGCCUGUGGAUUUAAAUGCAUUCAUACUUAAGAUGGAACUUGACAUAGCGUUCUUAGCAAAUGUUACUGGAGAUUGUACCAUUUCAGUACACUUUCAAGAAGCAGCUCAAGCAAGAAAACAAGCCAUGAAUUCUGUUUUUUGGAAUGCAGAGAUGGGACAAUGGCUCGAUUAUUGGCUUAGCAAUGGAACUACAUGCAAGGGUCACACGUGGGAGGCCUCAAACCAGAAUCGGAAUAUAUUUGCCUCAAACUUCGUUCCUCUAUGGAUUGAGUUGUUUAACUCAGAUUGCACAUUGGUGGAGCAAGUUAUGCAAAGUCUUCAAAGUUCAGGACUGAUUCGUGCAGUUGGGAUUGCAACAUCUCUAACUAAUUCUGGACAACAAUGGGACUUUCCGAAUGGUUGGGCACCACUACAGCACAUGAUUGUUGAAGGUUUGGCGAGGUCUGGAUCAAAGGAAGCAAGGUCAAUGGCGGAGGAUAUUGCUGUGAGAUGGAUCAGAACCAACUACGUUGCUUACAAGAAAUCAGGUGCAAUGCAUGAAAAAUACGAUGUCGAAAAAUGUGGAGAAUUUGGAGGUGGUGGUGAAUACAUACCCCAGACGGGCUUUGGGUGGUCGAAUGGAGUUGUAUUGGCAUUCUUGGAGGAGUUCGGAUGGCCACAAGACCUGAAGAUAGAUUGCAACUGAGCAAGGGAAUUGAAGACAAUUCAUGUGGACAUGCAUACUACUAAUAAUAUCAGAAUUUUUAUCUUGAAAAAUAAUAAAUAGAAAAAUAGAAAACACCAACAUGAAAAAUAUAUUUAUUUGUAUAUCAGGUUUGUUUCUGGCCAUAGCCCCAAAAUUUGGGCCAAGGCAUUGUAUUUUGAGCCUUGCUAGAAUAGAUAGCAUUUUGAUUUAAUCUGCGAUUAUGUGCUUUGUCAGCAAAACACGCUAAUGCAUGGAAUGAAAAAGGUAAUUCAAUGAAAAUUUCGAAGUAUUUGAGGUUU